AUGGCACCAAUCAAGCGCAAGGGGAAUGCCCCCGAAGAAAAUACUGCCCGCCAGCCCCAAAAACGUGCUAAAGUUGGAGCGGAGGAGGUCAACAGAGACCAUAAGAAGUCAAACGAUGCUACCACAUCCACCGCUGGGAAAGCUUCAGAACUUUCUGUGCUGCGCGAUGACGAGCCCUCAUUCCCUCGUGGUGGCGCAAGUGUUCUGACACCAUUGGAACGCAAGCAAAUUCAGAUUCAGGCCAACAGAGAUGUCUUGUUCGAGCAGAAAGAAUCUGGAAACAAGAAAACUGCCCAGAAGACACCUUCCAACGAAUUCGCCGAAGAAAGCGACAACGAUGUUGAAAUGGAGGACGAAGAAACAACUGCGACUACGAAGAAGUCGCGAAAGAAGAAGUCAAAAAGCAAGAAGUCCGCAGACAAGGAAGCUGAUGACAAGCAAAAUGUUCGCAUCGAGGGUCUUAGCUUCAAGCGCAUUGUACCCGGAGCCAUGAUCCUGGGCCAGGUCUCGAGUAUCAACGCACACGACAUCGGUCUUUCGCUCCCCAACAACCUUACCGGUUACGUCCCUCUCACAUCCGUUUCGAAGGGCCUCGAAGACAGACUUGAGAAGAUGUUGAACGAUGAAGCUGGGAAUGACGAUGCCGAGGACAGCUCCGACGAGGAGUCCUUUGACUUGAAGGAUCAUUUCUAUUUGGGUCAAUACCUGCGAGCAUUCGUUGUGUCUACUGGCAGCAACCCGGAUGAUCCAAAGGCAAAGGGCAAAAGGCGAAUCGAGCUUUCAGUUGACCCUAGACAAACAAACAACGGCUUCUCAAAGUCUGAUCUUGUUGUGAACUCAGCUGUCCAAGCGUCCGUUGUCAGUGUGGAAGAUCACGGUGUGGUCAUGGAUCUGGGCAUCGAAGGCUCAGAACUGAAGGGCUUUAUGUCCUCCAAGGAGACCGAUCCCAGUGUGGAUUAUUCUAGCAUCAAGGAAGGCUCUGUUUUCCUUUGCAUGGUCACUGGUCAGAAUCCCAGUGGCAAUGUCAUCAAGCUGUCCUCCAACUUCCAAACGUCUGCCUCGAUCAAGAAGUCCAACUACCUCAAUUCGGCACCUACAAUCAACACUUUCCUCCCCGGUACCGCUGCGGAAAUUCUUCUUACGGAAGUCACAUCGAACGGAAUGAUUGGAAAGAUUAUGGGAAUGCUCGACGCAACCGUUGAUUUGGUCCAGUCUAGCAUCAACGGCAAGAUUGAUCUGGAGAAGAAAUUCAAGAUUGGUGCAAAGAUCAAGGGCCGUAUUAUUGCGACUUUCCCGGCUGCCGAGCCGCUCAAAGUCAGCUUUUCUAUGCUCGACCACGUCCUCAAGCUCUCUUCCGAUGCUCGCGGUCCCGGUUCUUCUGAUGAUGCGCCUGCUAUUUCCGCAAUCAUUCCUGAGGUCAAGAUCGUAAAGGUUGAUCAAGGUCUGGGUGUGUAUGCUCGGAUUGGAGAAACAAAACAUAUGGGCUUCGUUCACAUGUCGAGACUCUCUGAUGGCAAGGUUGAAACAGUCGACGAAAGUUCUGGACCUUUCCAGCUAGACGCUGUUCACGAGGCAAGAGUCAUUGGGUACAACUCUAUUGAUAACCUCUACAUUCUCUCAUUUGAGAAGAGCGUUAUCGAACAGCCCUUCCUUCGCGUCGAAGAUGUGAACGUGGGUGCUAUUGUUAAAGGAAAGGUCGAGAAGCUUCUGAUCGGUGCCGAUGGUAUGACUGGAUUGAUUGUUAACCUGGCUGACGGAAUCACCGGUCUUGUUCCUUCCAUGCACUUUGCGGAUACCAUGCUUCAGUUCCCAGAGAAGAAGUUCCGCGAGGGGCAGAAGCUUUCCCUGAGGAUCCUCUCUGUGAACCUCGAAAAACGUCAAAUUCGGUUGACCCUAAAGAAGAGCUUGCUCAACAGCGAGUCUGCUAUCUGGAAAGACUACAAAGAUAUCACUCCUUCGGCUCAGUCCCCUGGUACCAUUGUCAAUCUUCAGAGUCAUGGUGCUGUUGUGCAGUUCUACGGCGAGGUCCGUGGUUUCCUUCCCGUAUCUGAGAUGAGUGAAGCAUACAUCCAGGAUCCGGCCCAGCAUUUCAAACUCGGCCAGGUUGUCAAUGUUCAUGCUUUGAGCGUGGAUGCAGCCCUUGGAAGACUUGCUGUCUCGUGCAAGGAUCCCUCGACAUUCACCGAAAAGUAUCGUGAGGCCUUUGAGAACCUUCAUCCCGGCCAUCUUGUUACUGGAAUCGUCUUUGAGAAGUCCAAUGAUGAUGUGCUUCUCAAGCUUGACGAGUCCGGCCUCGUUGCUCGUCUCGACGCUUCACAACUCAUCGACGGUCCCCCAUCGAAGCAAAGCUCGAUGUUAUCCAAGCUCCGCGUCGGACAGAAGCUGAAUGAUCUUUUGGUCCUCAGCAUCCAGCGCGCUCACCGUCUUAUCAAGGUUUCUAGCAGGGCCAGCUUGAAAAAAGCUGCCAAGCAGAAGAACAUCCCGGGCCAUUUCGAGGAAGUCCAAGAGGGCUCCCUUGUCACAGGAUUCGUCCGCAACAUCACACCCGACGGUGUCUUCGUUGAAUUCCUCGGCGGUCUCACUGGCUUGCUCCCCAAGCGUCUUAUCGAAGACUCCAACCUCGAACAACCUCACUACGGGUUGGCAAAGGCGCAAACGAUUGUUGUCAAUGUGCAGUCUGUGGACCAGGAAUUCAAGCGCUUUAUCCUGAGUAUGAAGCCCGUUGAGGCUACCCAGGCCGCUCCCAAGAAAGCGGCCAAGCAGACUGACGAGAGCGUUGCCAACCCCGUCGAUGCUAACAUCAAGAGCAUGUCUGAUUUCACAUUUGGCAGAAUCGUUGAGUGCAAGGUCGUCUCUAUCAAGGCAACCCAAGUCAAUGUUCAGCUUGCGGAUAACAUUCACGGCCGCAUUGAUGUGUCCGAGAUAUUCGACGACUGGAAAGACAUCAAGGAUCGCAAACAGCCCUUGCGAUUCUUUAAGGCCAAGCAGACUCUCUCUGCCAGAAUCCUUGGUGUUCACGAUGCUCGUAAUCAUAAAUUCCUCCCCAUUAGCCACCGCACUGGAAAGUACCCUGUGUUCGAGCUCUCUCUCAAGCCAAGCUACAUCAAGGCCGCCAACCCUGCCCCUCUUAACAUGGAGCAGGUUCAAGUCGGCUCCUCUUGGAUAGGCUUCGUCAACAAUGUCGCUGAUGAUUGCCUCUGGAUUAACCUGUCCCCCAAUGUCCGCGGCAGACUGCGCUUCAUGGAUGCAUCAGACGACCUCUCCUUGUUGACUGAUAUGGAGAAAAACUUCCCCAUCGGCUCUGCUUUGAAGGUCCAGGUUACCGCUGUUGACGCUGAGAAGGGCCACCUUAGUCUAUCUGCCAAGCAAGGAUACGACAAGCUCACAUUUGGAGAUAUCUCCGUUGGCAUGAUCUUGCCCGGUCGCGUUACCAAGGUCACUGAGCGCCAACUCAUUAUGCAGCUUGGCGAGUCACUUGUCGGUGCGGUCAAUCUGAUUGACCUCGCAGAUGACUACUCCAAGGCCAACCCUACCGUGCACAACAAGAACGAGGUUCUCCGAGCAUGCGUUAUCGCCGUUGACAAGUCUAACAAGAAAAUUACCUUGUCGCUGCGCCCCUCCAAGGUCAUGAGCUCCUCUCUGCCCGUGCAAGACCGUGAGAUCUCUUCGCUCAAGGAUGUUAAGCCUAACGAUGUCAUUCGCGGCUUCGUCCGACGAGUCACCGAUUCUGGUCUCUUCGUGGCAGUCAGUCACGAUAUCACUGCUUUCGUCCGUGUCUCUGAUCUUUCCGAUUCGUAUCUCAAGGAAUGGAAGGACUCCUUCCAGCCAGAUCAACUCGUCAAGGGUAAGGUCACGUUUGUUGACGCCGAGCAAGGCAAGCUGCAGUUGAGCUUGAAGGAGUCUGUUCUGGACCCCAACUUUAAGGCUCUUAUCACCCUUAAGGAUCUUAAAGUUGGUCAGAUUGUCACGGGCAAGGUCCGCAAGGUGGAGGAGUUCGGUGCUUUCAUUGUCGUUGACGGGUCUUCAAACAUCAGCGGUCUUUGUCACCGUAGUGAGAUGGCCGAGAAGCGCGUUGAAGAUGCUCGCAAAUUGUACGACGAAGGCGAUGCUGUUAAGGCGAAGAUCAUUAAUAUCGACCUUGAGUCGAAGAAGAUCUCUUUCUCACUGAAGGCUUCCCACUUCCAGGAUGAAGAGGAAGAUGACAGCGAGGAUGAGGACAGUAUGAGCAUUGACGGUCUUGGCGGUGUCGAACUUACGAAGGACGACAGCGAAGAUGAGGAUGAUGAUGAGUCCAUGGGAGGUGUUGAUGUAGAGGAUGACAGCGAGGAGGAGGAAUCAGAGGAGGAGGAUGGAGAUGUCCCGAUACAGAAGCCUAGCAAGGCCGGAGGUCUCGGUGCGAGCGGCUUCGACUGGAGCGGCACCGCCAAGUCCGAUGCUGCCGCGCGCUCCGACAGCGAAGACGAGGGUUCCAAAAAGAAGAAGAAGAAGAACCGCAAGGCCGAGAUCCAGGUGGACCGCACCGGCGAUUUGGACGCCAAUGGCCCUCAGUCUGUUGCCGACUUCGAGCGACUCCUCCUGGGUGAGCCCGACUCCUCGCUUCUGUGGCUGCAGUACAUGGCCUUCCAGCUGGAGCUGGGUGAGAUCGAGAAGGCACGCGCCAUUGCUGAGCGUGCUUUGCGCACUAUCACCAUGGGCCAGGAUGCUGAGAAGCUGAACAUCUGGGUUGCGCUGCUGAACAUGGAGAACACAUACGGUGAUGAUGACAGUCUCGAGGAGGUCUUCAAGCGUGCCUGCCAGUACAACGAGCCCCAAGAGAUCUACGAGCGGAUGAUCAGUAUUUACAUCCAAUCCGGCAAGAACCAGAAAGCAAGUGAUCUCUUCUACGCGGCUCUCAAGAAGAAGAUUUCCUCCCAGUCCCCCAAGUUCUUCUACAACUACGCCAGCUUCCUCUUCGACACCAUGGCCUCCCCCGACCGUGCUCGGGCUUUGCUCCCACGCGCCCUUCAGUCCCUCCCUGCCCACACCCACGUUGAGACGACCUCCAAGUUCGCCCAGCUCGAGUUCCGCUCCCCCAAUGGAGACAUUGAGCGCGGUCGUACCGUCUUCGAGGGUCUCCUUUCCUCAUUCCCCAAGCGUAUUGAUUUGUGGAACGUCCUCCUGGACCUGGAGAUCAAGGUCGGCGAUGCGGAGCAAGUGCGCCGUCUCUUCGAGCGCGUCCUUGGCCUACAGAGUGGCAAGAAGGGCCCUGUCAGUGUGGACGCUAGCAAGAAGCUCAAGCCUAAGCAGGCCCGAUUCCUGUUCAAGAAAUGGCUUUCCUUCGAGGAGGGUCUGGCAGCUGCCAAUGGAGAUGAGAAGAUGGUUGAAGAGGUUAAGGCACGGGCUGUUACCUAUGUCAAGUCUCUUCAGGAGUAA